AUGGUGACCGCAGUAUCCGCCUCUUUAUCUCUGGCGCCGCGUUCUGCACGGAUGAGUGCGCAUACGUCGUCCAGUGCUCCCAAAACGUCUAAAGCAUCGGUCCGUCCUCGACCUCGCGAAACUGGACCAUUGAAGGGUGUAGUUGCCAUCGUCGACGUCCGCGUUGGUGGUGAAGCGCAAAUCGACUGCAGCGACGUUGUCUCUCGCAAGCUUCGUGAGAUGGGAGCAUCUACCGUAAAGCGUCUUACGCCGAAGAUUACACACGUUGUGUUGAGUCAUUUUACGCCUGCUUGGAAGACUAAGAUCCUUAAGUGGCAGGGAAGUGGCGGCUCUAUGGCCGCAGCCGCAGCACGCUAUGGUUUAAAAAUCGUAUCUCAGCUCUGGGUAAAUGCUUGUUUUGUGAGCAAACGUUGUAUGGAUGAGCGUCCGUUUUUUCCUGUGAGCAAAUUGACCACUGUGAAGCAGAAAAGUACGACAGAUGCGAUUAGCAAGGAAGCUGCAACCACACCCUUGUCAAAUUACAAGAAUUUGAAGGCCAUGAAUAAAAGCAGUAGAAAGCGAGCGCUGUCAAUGGAGCCCAUGACUUCGGAUGCAAUAAUUAAGAUACUUGGAUCAGCGAUCGAAGUGGCAGAGAUAAAUACAUUAAGGAAAGUGCUUGAUACACCCAAGAAACAAACAAUUCAAUCCAAGUGUGUCAGCUCUUCGGCUAAGCGAAGAAAGACGCUUAAUGGACCGUUAACACAGCUGGUUGAAGACGAAGUAACAGUGUCACAGGCAAGUGAGUUUGUCGCCGAGAGCGAGUCAGAUCAUCAAAAUGAUGGCAAUGAGAAGGUGAUUAAAGAUGCAGUAACUCAGAACAUUCACUCUGGUCGUCAGACUUCACCAGCCCCGCGCAUCGAAUCUGGGUGCUUGUCACCUUCAAGCAGCACUCCCGCAACCAGCAGCGGUGACUCCAAUCUUACACCUUCCAAUCACGACUCUAAACAGGAACCGACCGCUCGAGAACUGCGGCGUAAAAAUAGGUCAUCGCUGACUUAUGGUAGUGGACUGAUGCUGAAGUCGGGAAUAUGGUCAUGUGGAGUUUGUGGCUGCUCGAAUCCUGGCUCACAAAGACAUUGCUCCGACUGCCAAGUUUCGAGGGGCUCGACGAAGUCACUAAAUGGAAAUAUUGCUACUGUCUCGCCUGCAGCAGUCGGAGACACCAAAGAACACUCGCUGAAGACUCCUGCUACGCCUUCCACAAGUACUUUAACCUCAAAAACCUCAACAGCAGAAAAAUCUGUUACACCUGAAGACGCGAGCAGUGUAACGAUGAUCAACCGUCCAUCGGCAGCUGAACGAGCUUCAAAUUGUUUGAUGCGGCCGACUGUUAGUUCGGCUGCAAAGACCCGAAAUUCGAUUUCGACAGCAGUGCGAACGAUACCGUCAGAUACCAAGAUUAAAUCUCUUCAUGCUGCGAUUGAAGUGCAAAAACAAAGUCCAACGGUACUUAGUUCUGCGUCUAAUCAGGCCACGCGCUACACGUUGGCUCCUGGUCCCGUAUCGCUUGACGUGCAGCCGAAAAUACCUCUGAAAGCCAUGGACCGUCGGAGCAGUGGACGAAAUACGAAAAAGCGCGCGCGCUCGCCUGCACUAAACAAUAGGCUGGCUACCCCAGUUCUUAAAAAAGGGCGACAAGAUAGCACUCACGAGACUACCAUAGGUCAAAGGCCCUUGGCAACCCCUGGCUCGGUCUCUGGAUUCAUAAGGAAACAUCGAGAGGGAAAUUCGACCCCAAUUCCGAUGGCAAUGAGUUUUUCAAGUACUACAAACAGAACGACAACCCGAAAAAGAUCUCGCAAUAUUUUUGGGAUUACCGGUGUGAGUUCAGAAACCCGUGGAGUGCUUCAGUGCGCUAUUCACGCUAUUGACGCCAAUAUGGCAAACGAGGAUGGAUAUAAAAAAGCGCGGGUAGUCAAAAGUGUCGACUAUGCUGCUGGAGUAACGCACCUAAUUGUUGGAAGGGAUGCUAGACGCACAAUGAAAGUGCUCUUUGCGAUUGCUCGUGGCGCUUGGAUUGUGACGGAAGAUUGGGUUUUCUCGUCACUCGAGCAAGAACGGUGGCUGCCGGAAGAAGAUUACGAAGUCACGAUAUUCGCUAACAAAUACUCGCGCGAGCAUCCCGAGUUUCGGCAAUUAUUCAAGGCUACUAAGUUUUUUGUUGGCUCAAAAGUCGAGCCAUCACGCGAAGUGCUUCAGUCUCUCAUCCAAGUCGCUGGUGGCGAGAUUUGCAACCAGAUCUCGGUAGCAGACAUUUGUAUAUGCGGCGAUGCUUCUUUGCUGAAAAGAGCUCAGCGAAUGGGAAUUCGAGCAGUCACGUCGAAGUGGGUAUUUGAUAGCAUUGCGACCAUGAAGCUCGUCGAUGAUGCCAUCUAUGCGACGACAGAUGCGUUAGACGCACCCGUGAAAACUCCGUCCAAACGUUGUCGUGAGGUAGAGUCAUUCGGUACCCCGGCGUUCACACCUUUGAAACGUCGUCCUGAUACGAAUUUGGGACUGGAAGCUCAUUCGACCGUACCAGAGUGA